AGAUCUAGCUUUCGUCGCCGGCGCACGCUCGCUUGCCCUCGCGCAGCGACGUCUGUCGUGCCCGGCGAGAAUUAAUUUGUUCGAUUGUAUUUAUUCAUUCCGUUCCUGCACUCAUUUAGUGCAAAUGGAAUUAUUUUUUAGUGUUUAAAAUCCCCUUUGGGGAGCCUAGUUACGGCUAGAACCGUAGCCGUGAAGACAGCCCGGCAGUUCCUGAGCGGCCCCAGCUGACGUCCCUCAGCUCGUCCGUCUCCCAACCCGCAGUGGCUCCGGCAGCUUCAGGGGAGUACUUGCGUGGUGGAACUGUCCUCGGAGCAAAAUCAGUACCGGCCUAGAACGUACCCUACCCUACGACGUAAUCGUGUGCUUGCGGCGGAAGUUAAGGGAGAAUAAAUUUAGUUCGUUAUUUUAAAAACUACAGUUUUAUUUAUUCUCACCGCCUACCCGUAGCACUGGCGCCUCACCGUGGUUUUUUUUAAAUAGGGUCUGAUUUUGCUCUGAGUGGGUAUCUGUGGUUUGUGUGUUUGUGUGGUGUUUUGGUUUUUUUUAUUUUUUGUGAAACGUUUUUUCCUUUUUUUAUUUUUUGGUUGCCAGCAGCUACAGUGUACGGAGUAGUAGUGAGUAAAUUUUAUUGCAAUCUCUUUGUAUCGUACGCACUGUAUAGUCAGCCGCAUUUGUUGAAUUAAUUAAUUUUUUUUUCUUACUUCUUUGGCAUCUUUUAUUGUAAUUGUUAUUAGUCGUUUUUUCAUUAGUACAGUCGGCCAUAUUAAAGUGUGUUUUUUAAUUUUAGCUAAAUCAGUUUUUUUUGUACAUUUACGCUCCGUACGCAUUAGUUGCAUUUAAACGCUUUUUUUAUUUUGUGUUGUUUUUUUUCUCUUUCUUUCUGCUUUUCCUUCUUACAAUUUUGUAAGAAAAACAACCAAAAACGUUCUUUUAAAGAAAAACAACCAAAAACGUUCGUAACUUAUUAAUUACUAUUGUAACAGACGGAGUAUUUUUUUGUUGUUUUUUUUAAAUCUGUUCAACAUUUACCCAAUUUUUCUUGACGUAUUUAAAAAACCAAUGGCUUUUACAAUUAAAUAUUGUCACUUCCAAAUACUGUACACACAGUGCGGGAAUUGCGUAAUCAAUUGCGAAGUGUGGCCUCCUUUUCCUUCUGGAGAUAAUCAUUUAAUUUUAUAAUAGUGUGUGAUACCUCCUAUUUAACAAGUGUACUUGUAGGGUUUCUAGUUCGUGUAACGAGAUGCCUCAUUAUUAUUUUGUAAUUGUGCGUUAGUAAUUUUAAUCUUGAACGUAUUUUCGAGUAAUUACUAAUGUUCUUUAUGCAAGCGUGAAGUAUGAAUGAAGAUUUAUGGAAGCGUGUUAACAAGUGCUUAGUUCUGCGGAUUUUAUUUCAUUUAGAUGACAUAAAAUCCUUGACCACGCGCCGGGGUAUUGUAACGUAGAUACGUUACGUAACCUAGGUUACAUUUAUAAAAUUAAAUUAGAUUGAUAAAUAACUUAUAACACUUUAAUAUUAUGUUUACAAAACUGUUCCUUCUUAUUGCGACUCACUGUACUUCGUGCAACACUCUUUUGUUCGAAGUAAACCGGCUAGCGGCGUCCCCGUCCCGCGGACCCUCUCUCCGCGCGGGCCCGCGCGCGAGUCGAUCAGAGUGAGGACAGAUCUAGCUUUCGUCGCCGGCGCACGCUCGCUUGCCCUCGCGCAGCGACGUCUGUCGUGCCCGGCGAGAAUUAAUUUGUUCGAUUGUAUUUAUUCAUUCCGUUCCUGCACUCAUUUAGUGCAAAUGGAAUUAUUUUUUAGUGUUUAAAAUCCCCUUUGGGGAGCCUAGUUACGGCUAGAACCGUAGCCGUGAAGACAGCCCGGCAGUUCCUGAGCGGCCCCAGCUGACGUCCCUCAGCUCGUCCGUCUCCCAACCCGCAGUGGCUCCGGCAGCUUCAGGGGAGUACUUGCGUGGUGGAACUGUCCUCGGAGCAAAAUCAGUACCGGCCUAGAACGUACCCUACCCUACGACGUAAUCGUGUGCUUGCGGCGGAAGUUAAGGGAGAAUAAAUUUAGUUCGUUAUUUUAAAAACUACAGUUUUAUUUAUUCUCACCGCCUACCCGUAGCAAAGAAAAAAAAAAAAAAAAGAAAAAAAGAAAGGGAAAAAAGAAAGAAAGAAAGGGAGUACUGCCAUAUCCUUAGCACCAUCCCAUAGGUGCCAUUUUAGAAAUGAAAUUUAGCUUAGAGUCUAUUCGGAAAGAGAAGAAUAGUGAAACAUAUAAAAAAUAACUACAGAUGUAUUUUAUAUGACUGAAACCAUUUUUUUAUUUUUUGUUACAAUUUAAAUUCUUUAAGUAAUAUUUUACAGGCGUUUAGAAAUUUACAACAUGAACUGGUCCAUGGAUGAGGGCCUAGACAACAUGAUCAUCAGUGGAGCCCUGUACAGAGUGCCUAUUGCUGUGGUGCGGGACCGGAAGCAGUUUGGCAGGAUUGCAACCACUGCCAAACCUGUCAUAACAAUUUACAACUGUGUAGGGAAUGUUCUAUCAAAGAUUUUGUGGAACAGCGGAGUCCUGGUCCACAUGGGCUGGUCGGACGGGGAGCAGCUGCUGUGUGUGCAGGAGAGCGGAGAUGUGCUCGUUUAUGACAUGUUUGGCGCCUACCAGAAGACAUUCAAUAUGGGGCAAGAAAUUAGGGACACUAAGGUCAGCAAAGCACAGCUGUUCUCAAAUAGGACUGGCUCUAACACCAACCGCUGAGCAACAUCUCCAAGCCCAAAGUCAGCCCGUACCAGAUCUGCCACAUGACGACACAGAGACUGUAAGGAACGUUUGUCUUAUGCUUCUGGCAUAUGUCAUAAACGUAUCGCCGGCUCGAAAACGGAAACGCGGGCUCUGAAGUUUUCUCGCGCGGAAAUAUGCGACGGAUUUUUCAAGCAAGUGUCAUCAGAAACACAUGUCAUUAGCUACAUAAUCGAGAAGAGAGAACAAUACAUGAAAUAGAAGUGGACUAUGCAGCCAUUUGUUAUUUUACUAUUUUUUGUUACUAUUCGUACACUCAGUAUUUUUUUGUAUUUGUCUAUUAUUCUUUUAGGAACAUAUGUACACCCUUAAAACAUGUCUUAAAUCAGAAAUAAUAGUAACACAAUUUACAAUUACAGAAGUAACAAGUGAAUGUCAUUAUUGUUUUAGUCACUAGAGUCCCAGAUCAGUCAACAGAGUGAUCACUACCUGUGAGCGUCUAUCAAAUGGUGUUCUUAUGUUGUAGAAUCCCAAUUGGAUAAAAACCCACAGAUCAUUACAUUCUUCGGGAUAGCAAGCUCCGGUUGAUUGGUAUAUUUUAAAGACACAGUCUAUGGCAGUUACAAGUUUUUCGAAACGGUAAACAGUUUCGUUGACGACAACGUAUGCAGCGUUUACAUUCGAGAUUAAAAAAAUACCCAGUAGUUACCACUAUCUUAGUUUGGUAGUAAAAGGUGGGGAAAAAAAUCCUAGUAGUUACCACUGGUAACAACGUGGUGGUAACUAGUGGGAAUAACCCUUGAUCUUAAGCAUAGUAUUAAUAUAGUACUUUUGUUUGUAGGUAUUAAAAUAAUGGUCAACAAUAAUCUGUCAUAAAAUGUUGUAAAAUAAUACAGUUUCAAACUGAUUAGUUUAUGUUAGUUUGUUUGUAAUAUUUCUAUUGACAUAAACAUUG